AUGCACCGUCGAGCGCCGAAACCGUCCGGUGGUGUAGGUAUUCUCGUGAAAAAAUGGGUCGUGGAAACGUAUGAAAUAAGCAUAGUAGAUAAAUCAUAUGACGGAAUAUUGGCUUUGAAAUUUGAUAAUCACGAUAUUGAUACGAGUGUGAUAGUGUUCUCAUGCUACCUACCCCCUGAAAACUCUGUAUGGGGACGUGAUAGCCAGUCAUUUUUCGCGCACCUACUAGCUUUAAUAUAUACUUAUGAAAAUUGUGAUUUUAUGUUUAUUGGAGCCGAUUUUAAUGCAAGAAUUGGUAGUCUCUCUGACGUUCUAGAAGAUUGUGACUCUAUUCCGCCACGUGUUGUUUUAGAUAAAAAAGUUAAUCAGCAUGGCCAUUCGUUGAUUGAAUUCUUAAAUGACACAAAAUUCUGCGUCUUAAACAAUAGAUUUUCACAUGACAAUUACACUUCCAUUUCGGUGAAAGGACGGGCAGUCGUCGAUUAUAUGUGCGUACCUCAGGACAUUUUUGUACAUUGUAAAUCGUUCACAGUAUUAACAAUCAAUGAAAUUGUAGAGAAAAAUAAUUUACACGGAUUAAUAGGUGAACGGUCACGCUUACCAGAUCACUCGGCGCUGUUGGGAGAAUUUGACCUUGGUAUAACGGACAAUAGUUCUUUUGAUUGUGGAACACAUGCCAAUAUAGACCAUACUUCAAAACAGCCACGUUUUAAGCUUAAACAAAUACCUAACGAUUUCAUGGAAAGCGAUAUGGUUAAGUCUGCCAUCUUCAAUUUGAUUGAUCGCAUCGAGAGAUGCAGAGAAACGCAGGGUGAAAUUGACGCUAUCUAUGAUAACCUAUGCAAACUGAUUACUCGAGAAAUGCACGACAAAAUUCCGCAAAUAAACGCAUCUAGUAGAACACAAAGGCGACGAAAGCACUUAAAACCAUAUUGGAAUGAUGAACUCCAGUCCCUGUGGUAUAAUAUGAAUACAAAGGAAAGGGCAUUUUUAAAAUGUGAUCAAAAUAACCGUUAUAGACAGACAUUGCAUAACGAAUAUAUCGGUGCACGUAAUGAUUUUGAUAAGCUCCUUAGACAAUGUGAACGAGCGUAUAGGUAUGCAAAGGCGAUCGAGAUUGAAGAAAUGUCGACUUCUAACCCGAAUGACUUCUGGCAAAAGAUUAAAAGUUUAGGGCCUCGAAAGGACUCCUCUAUACCGAUAGAAAUUAUUGAUGAAAAUGGAACUCCUAUCAGAAAUGAGCACGAAGUUUGGAAUAGAUGGAAAUCUGAUUUUGAGAAAUUAUAUAACGGUACAGAUACUGGUAAUUUUGAUGACAUACAUUACAGGCAGUGCUUAAACCAUAAGGAAAUGAUAGAGCGUAGAAAUGAGGAUCCGUUAUAUACCCCGAAUGCAUUAAUGAACCGAAAUAUUUCAAUUGAAGAAAUCUCCAGCAUUAUUAUGAAAGCUAAAAGUGGGUCAGCUCAGGGAUUUGACCGUAUUCCGUAUGAUGUAUUGAAAUUCCUAGCAGUCAUUGCGGUGUUGAAGGAACUUUUUCAAUUGAUAUUUGAUUGUAGCAUUAUCCCAUCAAUUUGGCGUAAAUCGAUUAUAUUCCCAAUUCUUAAGGAUCCAAAUACUGAUAAACGAGUACCCUUAAAUUAUAGAGGAAUCAGUCUACUGUCUUGCGUAAACAAAUUAUAUACUGCGUUUAUUAAUAAACGUGUUUCUGGAUACAUGGAAUCAAACAAUCUUAUGGCCGAUGAACAGAAUGGUUUCCGAAAAGGCAGGUCUUGUGAAGAUCAUAUUUUUACACUUAAUAGCAUUGUACGUAACAACAAAAACACAUUCACUGCUUUUAUAGACUUAAGAAAGUGCUUUGAUUUUGUUGAUAGAGGCUUACUUUUGUAUAAACUGUUACUUAACAAUGUCGAUGGGAGAGUUUAUCAUAUAUGCUAG